AUGGAAUGGAAAUGUUCGUAUGCAAAAUGGGUUUGUCACCUGGCAUGGAGCGAGUAUGAGCAGCACGAUGCACGGGAAGGGGACAAUGUGACACUGCAGUGUCGGUUCGAGCUGGACUCUGUCCCCGGGGAACCGCAGGCUUACGGCUGGGUGCGGAUCUCGAACGGACAGCACACCAACGUGGCCUUCAAUAACAUCCCCCUAGAAACCAAUUACCAGAUUAUAUUCGCACCAACCGAAGGUAAAUUCGAUUUGAUGAUUUCGAACAUAACGUACGAACGGGAUAACGGGCAGUUCGAGUGCUGGGUGAAAGCGGGAGGGUCGGGGCGAACCAUGCACUCGCAGGGGUACAACCUCGUCGUACUCAGCCAGCCCAAGCCCCCGGUACUGAACACGGGACCGCUGGCCCUAGCGCAAGAGGGCAGGCAGCUCAACCUCACGUGUUCGAGUAGCGGGGGCUCCCCUAGUCCAGUUAUAAAGUGGUAUCGUGAUGACUCGACUCACGCGUUGGACGUCGAAAUGAUAGUCGGUAAGACACGAGAUGAGCCCACCGUGGCUGUCCUCACGCUUGAACCGAGCCGUGAAGAUGACGGCGCCAACUUCCAUUGUGAUGUGUGGAACAGAGCCAUGCGAGAGUCACUGCAUUUAGAGGCUCCUGUGGAACUGAGUGUCAACUAUUUCCCACGCGUUGAAGUAGGUCCGGAAAAUCCUUUACGUGUCGAAAUAGACGGAACUGCGAAUAUGGUGUGCAAAGUCGACGCGAAACCUAAAGUGAGCGGCGUAAGGUGGACAAGAGACGGAAAAUACGUUUCAAACUCGUUUAACCAUUCAAUUAAAGGAGUGACAGUGCAGGAUGCGGGUAAAUAUAUCUGCAUCGCCGACAAUGGCCUCGGCCAUCCCGGCGAGAACGAAAUAUACCUCGACGUUCUCUACCCGCCGAGCGUCACCUUAAAUUAUAAAACCUUCGAAGCAGAAGAAGGUGGAAACGUUGAAAUCCGAUGCGAAGUGUCAUCGAACCCUGAUCCUAUUUCAAUAGAAUGGACUUUAGAAGAUCGGACUGAUUUCCUUCAAAAGGGAAAUACCUUAGUACUUACAAGAGUAGACGCAAGCAUGGCGGGUACAUACGUCUGUCGCGCUGUCAACGUGAUAAUAACGAGUACGGGAAACAAACUAGAAAGAUCGGGUAGUGCUUCAGUGGCAGUGUUAGUUCGACAUAAGCCCGGCCAAUCUUUUAUAAGCCCUGAACACCCCGUAGCACAAGAAGGUACGAGCGUUACUUUAACGUGCAGUGCGAAGCCUCCCGGCUGGCCAGCACCACAGUACCGGUGGUUCCGAGAAAUAGAGGCUGGUAAAGUAACACCCAAUGUUCUCGCUACCGGUAACAAGUACACGAUUCCAAGCGCUCACCUCGGUAGCGAGGGAGUGUACCACUGCCAGGCGACAAACGAACUCGGUCACAGCGAGAUUGCUACUGCCAAUCUUGAGGUUUACCAGCCACCUCGCUUUCAGACUAAAUUGCAGCCGCAUAUGAUUAAAAAAUCUGGCGAGAGAAAUUUUUCUCUGACCUGUGUCGCUAUCGGAAAGCCUUUCCCUAACGUGAAGUGGUAUAAAGACAAUUCCGAAAUACGACCUGAUGCUAAUUUGUUCGAAGUUAAAACUGAGAUCAAUAGAAGUGGAAACGCAGUAUUUAAUGUGCAGAGUGUGCUCUGGUUUCAUGGAAGGGCGCGACCCAACGGUGACGAUUUAUUGCCCAUGGACAAGGGCAUAUACUCUUGUUCCUUUGAAAAUGAAGUCAAGAAAGUCGAGUCGUCGAUGCACCUACGAAUCGAACACGAACCGAUAGCCGUUAAACAUCAGAAAAAGGUAGCAUACGAUUUGAUGGAAAACGCAGAAGUGUCAUGUCGAAUACAAGCGUAUCCAAAACCCGAGUUCCAGUGGUUUUACGCCACUAAUCCCGCACCUCUGUCGUCUGAUGGACAUUACGAAGUCAUCACGACAACCGAUGAAAACGACACAUACUUAAGUGUACUGUUAAUCAGAAAAGUGAAGGCUCGGGAUUAUGGCGAAUAUUAUUGCAAAGUGAAGAAUUCACUUGGAAGUAUUCGUCCGCAAAUCCAGCUGCAACCCAAAGGAGCCCCGGAGCCGCCUAAAAAUUUGGCGAGUCAGAAAAUCGAUGCAACGUAUGUUACAUUAAAAUGGGAGGAAGGUUUUAAUGGAGGGUUGAGCACGAAGUAUUUCGUGUGGUACCGACAAGUUAGAAACCCAGCCAAUGGUGACCACUGUGUCGCGACGCAAAGUAACGCAUACGAUUGGAAGGAGUACGACUGCGGACGGUCCAACCCUUGCAACGUGACUCAUCUCGAGCAAUACAAUUCUUAUUAUUUCAAGAUAAAAUACUUCUGCUUUUAUUACAAAGUUAAAGCUGUUAACACGAAAGGACAGAGCAAUUAUUCAAAUGAGAUCAUGGUAGCGACGAAAGUGGACAAGAUAAUGCCUCCAGAAACAGUGAAUUAUGAUCCUAGUUCGAGGGUCAUUAGUUUCAGCGUCGCGGCAACCUGUCUUCCACUGGUGGCCGUUAUUGAAGAGUUAGGAGGCUCGGAUGGAUGGCAGGUGGUGGAGACGGCGGCGCUGGAGCCGGCGCCGGGCCCGUGGCGGCAGCGCGCGGCGCUGGAGGCGCGCGGCGGGGAGCGCGCCGCGCCGCGCCUGCGCGCCAAGCUGUGCCUGGCGCGCGAGCUGGCCGUGUGCGGGCCCUACGCCGAGGCCGACAGUGAGUAUGACGACCUAGUAGUCGGCGCUGGAGGCGCGCGGCGGGGAGCGCGCCGCGCCGCGCCUGCGCGCCAAGCUGUGCCUGGCGCGCGAGCUGGCCGUUCGGCGCUGGAGGCGCGCGGCGGGGAGCGCGCCGCGCCGCGCCUGCGCGCCAAGCUGUGCCUGGCGCGCGAGCUGGCCGUGUGCGGGCCCUACGCCGAGGCCGACAGUGAGUAUGACGACCUAGUAGUCGGCGCUGGAGGCGCGCGGCGGGGAGCGCGCCGCGCCGCGCCUGCGCGCCAAGCUGUGCCUGGCGCGCGAGCUGGCCGUUCGGCGCUGGAGGCGCGCGGCGGGGAGCGCGCCGCGCCGCGCCUGCGCGCCAAGCUGUGCCUGGCGCGCGAGCUGGCCGUGUGCGGGCCCUACGCCGAGGCCGACAGUGAGUAUGACGACCUAGUAGUCGGCGCUGGAGGCGCGCGGCGGGGAGCGCGCCGCGCCGCGCCUGCGCGCCAAGCUGUGCCUGGCGCGCGAGCUGGCCGUUCGGCGCUGGAGGCGCGCGGCGGGGAGCGCGCCGCGCCGCGCCUGCGCGCCAAGCUGUGCCUGGCGCGCGAGCUGGCCGUGUGCGGGCCCUACGCCGAGGCCGACAGUGAGUAUGACGACCUAGUAGUCGGCGCUGGAGGCGCGCGGCGGGGAGCGCGCCGCGCCGCGCCUGCGCGCCAAGCUGUGCCUGGCGCGCGAGCUGGCCGUUCGGCGCUGGAGGCGCGCGGCGGGGAGCGCGCCGCGCCGCGCCUGCGCGCCAAGCUGUGCCUGGCGCGCGAGCUGGCCGUGUGCGGGCCCUACGCCGAGGCCGACAUUGGCACAGCAUAUACAAAAGAAGCAAUAACGCUUACUACGUCUACUCUGGUCGCCAUAGUAAUAUCAUGUCUGAUAUUCCUCGUUUUCCUAAGUCUUCUGUUCAUAUUCUGUCACUGCAAACGCAACGAGAAUAAGAAAGAAACUUCGAAGGACUACGAAAUGGAUUCCAUGCGAUCUCCGAUGGGAUCGCCUCAAAAUCAAGCGCCGCCUCCGUACUACGCGAGUACUGGAAUGGAAAAUAAGGCUCUGGAAAAUUCUAUGGAUAUUCCUCUUACUAUGGACGAUUCAAAGAACACGGUGUACGCUACACAAGCGGGCUACGGCUACCACAUCGCUCCCCACACGCAAUCACAUCAAGGACAGAACAUGUCUAAUACUGAUUGGGUGAAUAUGGGGUACAUAGAAAACAGUUACGCGAACAGUAACAACGGUGGCAGCGUCAACUCUCAGGAUUCACUGUGGCAAAUGAAAAUGGCGGCUGCGAACAACCCGCCGGGGAUCUCUCCGCACCAGAUGAUCGAUCGACAGAGCAACUACGGCUACGAGGCGGCGCUGGGCUACGCGGACGACUACGCCGCCUACCCGCUGCACGGCGCCGAGUUCGCGGCGCGCUCGCAGAACCCGUCGCGCCAGGAGUACUGCUCCGACCCCUACGCGUCCGUGCACAAGCCCAAGAAGCGCGCCGAGCCGCUGGAGUCGCCGUACCACGAGGUGAGCGGCCUGCCCGACGACAAGCCGCCGCAGCUGUCGCUGGGCUACGACGAGUCGCUGGAGUCCGGCUACUCCACGCCCAACUCGCGCGCGCGCCGCGUCAUCCGCGAGAUCAUCGUGUGA